UUCUUGCGGACGUUGUCUCGGUUCGGGAAGCUUUCGAGAGCAGGGCGGAGGGAGAGUGGGUUGAGAGAACGCGAGCGAGAUCGAUGUACAAGAAGAAGGCGUCCGUUCUUACCAUCCGUUCACUCUCCGUUCUCUCCAAGGUCAGUUCCCGCUCACAUCCCCCUUUUCCCCCUCUUUUGCCCUCCUUCCCUUUUGGGACUUCUUACGAGAACCUCGCGCGUGCCACAAAGGCGCCGCCUUUGAUCCGGCAGUGGCGGUGGCUAAGCACAGCCGCGCAACGAAACGACUUCCCGCCUGACUCUCAUGACGGUCGUGAGGCUACCGGUGAGCCUUGCUCCAAUCUUGGUCGGUCUUCCCCCUCUGGUCGCUAUCAGAGUUCCAACUGGUGCCACGGAGGAGAGCCGGGAGGAGUUCGGCUGCAAAAUCCAGAGUGGUUGAAGGUGCAGAAUGGAAAUGGUUUCUCCGGGGUGGUCGAGCAUCAAAGGUCGAAUCUUGGGGAUACUUGUGACGGAAAACCAUACGGUUCUUACAGGGACAACCAGAUGACUGGAAAUGGUAGUGAUAGAUCAGUUGCUUGUGGCAGUGAAUGGAGAACCAAUGGCGAAUCGUUUCACAACCCCAAUAGUCCCUCCCAGGGGAACUAUUCUGGAGCUUUUGAUCAGAAUUCGAAUGAUUUCAUUAGACACCACACAGUCGGCAGCAGCAAACCAUGUCCAAGUUGGAAUAGCCAGAUUAGGAAUGGGGAAUUCUGCCAAAAUCCUAACAGUCAUAAUGGAAAGGUCCAUCAAGAGGAUCUUUUCCAGAGUCCAAACAUUGCUAGUGACUACAAGCCUGUAGUAAAUGCUGAAUCAUAUCAAAAUGUGAAUGACUGGAGUAGAAGUGGGAAAUUUUAUCAGGACCCUAAUCGACAGUAUGAUGGGAACUGUCAAGUGACCUUUGGAAAGAAUUUAAAUGUUGCUACAGGACACCAUAUGAUGGGAAAUGGUAAACCAUAUGCAAUUGAGGAUGAUAGGAAUACAAAGAGAGAGCCUCAUCAAAAUUUUAAUGACCAGUACAGAGGGAAUUAUCAAGGUAGUUUUGGGCAAAACCCAAAUGUUGCUGCUGUUAAUCACACAGUUGGAGGUGGUGAGCUAUAUUACAGACCAGACAGAGGAUUUCAGCAGCAGCCUGAUGCACAUUAUGGAUAUAAUCCAGGGAAUAUUCAUCAUCAUCCCAGUUCUUAUAGUACAGAGAAUCCAGAAGGUGAUUUUUCAAGUAACCAACAAGGAAUUUAUUCAGGUAGAGCAGCAGAUAUUCGUCAGACACCUAAUGUUUUUUAUAAGGAAAGGCCUGUCGACAUUCAGCAUGACCCAUUUGGAAAUCAAAGAGAGGAUUCUCCAGUGCUUCAUCAAGGUUCUGCUUUCUCUCAGAAUGCUGCAGGAUAUGAUCAAUCAUUAAAAUGUUUGCAAUCUACUAUUGGAUCAGCUCAUGAAGGAUCUCCUGAAACUGGUAGUUCUAGUACAUACAAGGGUACAAUUGAAGAGCUGGAUGAUUUUUGCAGAGAGAAAAAAGUAACAGAUGCUGUGAAAGUGCUGGCUUUGCUUGAGGAGAAUGUUGUUAUGGUGGAUCUCCCAAGGUACUUAAAGUUGAUGCAAGCAUGUGAUAGUGAUAAGUUUCUUGAAGAAGCAAGACAAGUACAUAAUUGCAUUUCACGAAGAUUUGUCAAUGUUGAGGUUGGAGUUCAUAACAAGAUUUUGGAUAUGUACUUCAGAUGUGGUUCGUCAACCGAUGCUUUCCAGCUUUUUGAUAAUAUGCCCCAGAGGAAUUUGACAACAUGGGAUACUAUGAUAAUGGGUCUUGCAAAUAAUGGGCUUGGAGAGGAUGCAAUCGAUCUGUUCACUCAGUUUAAACAGAAGGGAUUGAAGCCAGAUGGCGGUUUGUUCGUCUCCAUUUUUUCUGCCUGUGGUUCUUUAGGAGCUGUUGAUGAGGGGUUGUUGCACUUCGAAUCAAUGAAGAAGGACUUCAGUAUUGUUCCUAGCAUGGAACAUUAUGUUAGCAUUGUAGAUAUGCUUGGAAGAACUGGAUAUUUGGAUGAAGCUCUUGAAUUCAUUGAGCAGAUGCCUGUUGAGCCAAGUGUUGAUGUUUGGGAAACAUUAAUGACUCUUUCUAGACUUAAUGGAAAUUUGGAGCUUGGGGACCAAUGUGUGCAGAUUGUUGAGCGCUUAGAUCCAUCUAGGCUAAAUGAACAGUCUCGUAAGGGUCUUCUGCUUGUUAAAGAUUCAGACUUGGCAAAAGAGAAAGAAAAGAAAAAGACUCUUGAAAUUAGGAGCAGGGUUCAUGAAUACAGGGCAGGAGACACAUCUCAUCCUGAAAAUGACAAGAUUUACGCACAGCUAAGGUGUUUGCAACGUCAAAUGAAAGAGGCUGGAUAUGUACCAGAUACACGAUUUGUUCUGCAUGAUGUUGAUCCAGAAUCCAAGGAGGAAGCUUUGCUCGCUCACAGUGAGAGACUGGCUCUUUCUUAUGGCCUUAUGACUACCCCAGCUCGGACAAAUAUUAGGAUCAUGAAAAAUCUUCGUGUUUGUGGAGAUUGCCAUAAUGCUCUGAAGAUCAUAUCAAAACUCGUUGGCCGUCUAAUCAUUGCACGAGAUGCUAAGAGAUUUCAUCAUUUUGAGAAAGGAGUCUGCUCUUGCAAAGAUUAUUGGUGAUUAUGACAUGUAUGUUUCUGUCAGAAACCGAGCUAUUUUAUAAUAUUUUACUUUUAAAUAUUUGACAAAUCUAGCAAGUGGUAAACGUGGGAAGAUUUUUAUGGUUCCUUGUGUCAUUUACAAGAAGUUCUCAAUACAUCACGACUAUAGAUUCUUCUUUUGAUAAAGAUCCCACAUGUACAUGAUUAGUUGUCUUAUCUUUUAUGAGAUAUUUCUGCUUAGUUUGGUC